GUACAUGUGGGAGCAUUUGAAUUUUGAAAUGAUGGAAUGAAAAGUACAGAAGAAUUAUUUGUCUUCUUUCGGCUAUGAAAGAGGUCCACUGCAAUAUGAAAUUCAAGCAGCGUAUUUUUGUCGUUUUUGUUGUUGUACUGGUGUCAUUUGUGUUCAUUUGGACGAAAAUGGAAGAGAACAAGACUGCCCUUUAUCCUGUUAUUUCACUUACAAACAAGCACAGUGUUUUGAAUACAUUGCAACUCAAUAAGCAGUACGAUAUCAACAAUUUCGAUCGUGUUUACAGAAAUACAAAGCCAUUACAAACUAAUACAAAGAGAAUUGAAAAUAAACGAAAGAGUGUAAAAAAAGCUCUAACUAAACUUAAUAUUGCAAAUGUUACAUCCAAUGAAGUCAAAACAAUCAAUUCAAGAAUUUCAGAUGCAGAAAAAGACCCAUGGAAGUUAUGGCAAGAAAUGGUACGAGAAAGGGCAAUAACAAGUCGGGGAUACGACGCAACUACGAACUUGCGUACAAUAAUUAAAGCAUUACAAACUUUUCCUAUUACUCGGACGAAUGUUGGUUACAGAGGCACACAACUAAAAGCUUCCAUGAUUUUAAAAGGAAAUCAACUAGUUGUUUUCAAACCAAAAAGGUAUGAGAGAGAUUAUAUUGUAGAAGGAGGACCGUAUAGUGGCUUUGAUAGACACAAUGGAGAAAUUGCAGCUUUUCAUUUGGACAGAAUACUAGAGUUCUAUCGUGCUCCUAUAGUAACUGGACGAAUGGUAGAUCUUGAAAAAGAGGUGCUUCCAAAUAUCCAACAAGCUCUUAAGAAAACAUUUUUCACUUUAGGGAAUAACACUUGUUUCUAUGGUGUGUGUAUGUAUUGUAACAAAAAAGAGCCUGCUUGUGCUGAAGGACACAUCAUGGAAGCUUCAAUUACCAUAUGGCUUCCUAGUGGAUGGAAUCUAAAAACUUACCGUCAUCCGUGGCAACGUACAUAUAGACUGAACAGAAAAGCAAGAUGGGAAAUUGACGACAAUUAUUGUAUAAACAUUGUUAUGAAUACACCUCCUUACGACAAAGGAAGAAGAUUGAUGUCCAUUAUUGAUACAGCAAUUUUUGACUACUUAAUUGGCAAUGCUGAUAGACAUCAUUAUGAAGUGUUUUUAAAAGGUGGUGAUGAUGCUAUGGUUCUUCAUUUAGACAAUGGAAAAAGUUUUGGAAAUCCAGAUUGGGAUGAACCAUCAAUACUAGCGCCACUCUACCAAUGUUGUCGAAUUCUUCGCUCAACUUGGCAAAGAAUUCAAGCAUUAUAUGAAACUAAAGACCAGAAACUGAGCGAAAUUUUACAAAAAUCCAUGAUAUCAGAACCGUUAGCACCAAUUCUCUCCCAAAAGCAUUUGGAUGCUAUAGAUCGAAGGUUGAUUAAGAUUGUUGAACGUAUAAAAGAUUGUUUCAGUCAGAAAGGGGAGAGAAACGUACUUGUCGACAAUUAAAGAACAGCUACAGGAGAAUCUUUCACUGGCCAAAAAACUACGAACGAUAAACCAAAAAUGUCGCGAUGAGAAAUAGAAGUGAAGACGAAAUGAUUGAAACGAUUAAAAAAGGUAAAACAGACGAUUUAUUUGCUGUGCUUUGCUUUAUCGUGGUUUCUGCCUGCACAUUCAAUAAAGUUGGUUUGGUUUCUUCGCAAUUCCUACCCGUAUACCGGCAUGCUUUGUUUCUUGAUAAACCUUGCUGUAGACACUGUGAUUCCAAGUCGUAUUUAAUCGUAUCCGGACAACAGGUUGAGCAUUUCAAACACGCAUGCGUUGGACUUCGAUAGUACCUAUACAAUAAAAAGAUGAAGUAAAAUCCUUUAGUUUUAAAACUUACUUACGUAAUUAUUACUGACGUAAUAUGUAACAACUUAUCUAUCAAAUACCCUGGUUUACAUCCUCCACAUUCAGCAUCAGAGGUUGGGGUGCAAUUCUUGAUUGUCUCUUCAUUCUGCAAGCACAGCCGACAUGUCUUACAUGCUGUAUAGUCACGUGCCUCCGAAAACGACUCGCCAUUGGUACAUUUUUGGCACCUGACUCUAACAUUCUCAGUGAAGAAAGAACCGCAUUGUGGGACGAUACCCAUUCCUUUUGGACAGCUGAUACAAUCCAAACAUACUUUUGAUUGGUUCUGUUCUAUUGUCAUUUGAUUUAGUCCACAUAUUUUAGCUGCCAGUAUGGAUUGAACAGGCGAUGCAAAAACCUUUGAAAUUAAAAUCAAUCUAGACUUAAA